AUGCUUCAAGGUAGCUUCCGCCUUUGCUUUCGUCCCACUGCACACGAAGCGGACGUAGCCAACGGAUUGAAAGCAGCACCGCACAGGCGACAACGCACACAUUGCCCCUACACAGACGCCAUCGCACAUGCUGGCACCAUACCUACAACACCAAAUCUACCAUGCCAGACCUACUGUACCAGACGUGCCAUGCCUAUACGACCAUCCUUCGGGUUCCAUUUUGGCCAUUUGGGGGCUCAUUUUCACAGUCGUACGCAGACAAGUAUACUUUUCAUCUUGCACUCGGCUUUUGUUUUCUCCACGAUGCCGAUGGCACUUGCUCUUCUGGUUGUCAGCCUUGCUGGGACCCACUAUGCUGCUGGCUUGGCCUCUUCAGGAGACCUCCAGCUGAUGCAGAUGUGGCCGACUCCGACAGCGUCGAAGGAUGAUUUUGGGAGGGAGUUCUUCACGCAUGCUGGUGUGCGUAUACACCGCCGUGCGCCGAAUGGCCGCCGUACGGUCGAUGGUGAACCUGAGGCCACUGAGAAUAAGACGUCGACGUGGAUGUUCAUGAUUAAGGAAGGUACUACGGGUGAAAUGCUGCAAAGCGUUGUCCAGGAGCUCCAUCCGACGGCAAUGUCGACCAAUCCGGACAUUGGUGAAGUGCCAUUUGUGGAGGAGCAUUUGGACUGA